AAUUCGGUUCUGAAAAUGACGACUUGAAAGAAGAGGUUAACGAAUUAAAAACGAAACUCGAACAAUACCAGAUACAAUCAUCAUCUGAAAGCCUUGAUGUUAUUGAUGUUCCAGAAGAACGGUUAGCAAAACGGUUCAAAUCGGAUGGGUCAAAAAAAGUAAAGAAGACGGUACACUACGCCGAAAAUCAAUCAAAAGAAGAACAAGAAGAACAACGUGAAAAGGAGGCGAGGAUUGAAAUGAAAAUGAUCCUCAAAACUAUUAAACCUAAUGACAAUUUGAAUGAUAACGAAACGUUUAAUAGUCCAAAAAAUGUUGAAAUUCACAGUAGAUUAAUUCCUGAACUUCGAAGGGCGAUGUUUCUGAAUUAUAAACCUUCAGUAGCACAAUUGACGAACUGGUUGAGCGCCCUCCAUAAGUCGCGAAGAUCACAAACACAACUGAAAAAAAGUGGAAAAAGCGACGAGGACAGUCGCAGAGUUCACAACAACAGUCGCGUACAAAAUAAAAAAUUGCGUCGAAUUAAGGCUGCAAAGGAUCUUUAUAGGAAAAGUGACGAAAGAAUAAUUGGUUAUGAAAAA